AUAUAUAUGGAAAAAAGAUAAAAAUGGAUUGGCAGCACUAUCAGAAACUUCUAAUACUACUACGACAGUAGAGAAAUUAUUUAUGACGUCAAGACAACGAUGAAGCAGCUAUGACUCUAAACGGCACAGCUCUUCUCGGAGGACUUCUCAUUGUGAAAACCCUCACCGGAGAAUCAAUAGAAGUUCUAGAUGAACCCAAAACUAAUAGAACCACAGAUAUCAUAGACGUGAAGAUAGUACAAGUCGCAUUCUGUGUUCUCUACGCGAUAAUAUUUGUCCUCGGAGUGUUCGGCAAUGUCCUCGUUUGCUACGUGGUGUUCAGAAAUAAAGCUAUGCAAACAGUUACAAAUCUCUUCAUAACAAACUUGGCGUUAUCAGAUAUCCUACUAUGUGUAUUCGCAGUGCCUCUAACACCUAUGUACACAUUCCUCGGGCGGUGGGUGUUCGGAAGAUUGUUAUGUCAUCUAAUGCCAUACGCUCAAGGGACUAGCGUUUACAUAUCCACACUUACUCUGACCUCAAUAGCGAUAGAUAGAUUCUUUGUAAUUAUCUAUCCGUUUCAUCCGCGUAUGAAACUUAAUACUUGCAUAUUCAUCAUCAUAUUCAUAUGGGUUUUCUCGUUAGUUGUCACGUGCCCGUAUGGUUUGUUCAUGGGAAUUCAAAUAACGAACAACAAAACUUACUGCGAGGAGAGUUGGCCAUCAGAUAGGUCGAGAAAGAUAUUUGGAGUGUGCACAACUGUCUUACAGUUCCUAAUUCCAUUUUUAGUAAUAGCUAUAUGUUAUACAUGUGUUAGUAUACGAUUGAACGACCGUGCGCGGUCCAAGCCUGGUGCUAAGAACACAAGGAGAGAAGAGGCAGAUAGAGAUAGAAAGAGACGAACGAAUAGAAUGUUGAUCUCGAUGGUUGCGAUAUUUGGUAUAUCGUGGCUUCCUAUAAAUUUAAUUAAUAUCUUUAACGAUUUCUAUGCUCAAAUGACCGAGUGGAAUUAUUAUUAUGUCUCUUUUUUCCUCGCUCACUCAAUGGCGAUGGCAUCAACAUGCUACAAUCCAUUUUUGUACGCAUGGUUAAAUGAUAAUUUUAGAAAGGAGUUCAAGCAAGUUUUGCCCUUAUUCGAAUCAACGGGUGGAGCAAGGAACAGCUACCACUCUGGACGAAUGCCCACGCAUAAGGCAGAUAAAAUCUGUAACGGCAAUGAAACCAUUCAGGAGACGUUGCUAGCUUCUUCCUUUAACAGAGGGCCGUCAAUAAAACAGAGGAUAUUAGAAGGGAAUGGCAAAAAGGACAGUAUAGAGAUGGAGAAAAUCCUGCUAGAAGAUAAGACGUUUCAUACAAAGAAUGAUAACUUGAACUUGCAACUGAUUGAUGAAGAGUCACAAUUCAAUGAACCGAAGGAAACUAAUUUAAACCCAGCACGCAACGAAUGAACUUAGAAUAUAUAGCGGAUUGUAAAUAUAUAAUGUACAUAAUAAAAUAUUUGCUUCGCAAUUAUGUUGCUUCUGUGAUAGUAUUUAAGAAGACAAACUUUAAGUAUAUGUAAACUAGUUAAUAGAUAAUAUGUCAUUGUAAAUUUGAUUGUACGUGAAUUAUUUUUUGAUUUCUUGUCAAUUUUAUAUAUCGCGCAAGUACCUAAAGGCCUACUAUAUGUAGAUUUUGUUUCUUUUUUAAACUUAUGAGCCCAAUUUCAAAUUGGAUAUAUAUCUGAUUUGAAAUCGAGUUUAAGAAGAAACAUUUUGAUGUGUAGUCUUAAUUAGAGAUCUAAGAAAUAAAAUUAACGAAUUGUUAUAGUUUAGUUUGAAAGUUUAAAUUGUAAAGGUGUGUUGAGAAUGGAAUAAAAGUUGACUGUU